AUGAAUAGUCAGGAAAGGAAGCGCAUGCAGAAGGCUCGAAAAGCUGGUCAGUUCACUGACUUUGCUUUUCUCUGCAAAGGCACAACUAUUCCUGUUCACAAAAUCAUAAUCUGUGCACAAUCUUCUGUUUUCAAUGCUGCUUGCACUGGUGGCUUCAAGGAAGCCAAGUCUGGAGUCUAUGACUUGAGCGAGUACUCCCUUGAACUAGUCGAGAUGAUGGCCGAUUACUUCUACCUCGGGCAUUACGACAAUCCGACUGCAACUGGAUCCAGAAUAUCCCUUUCGAUGCAUUCUUCGAUGCUGGCCUUGGCAGACAAUGAUUUGUACAUUCACGGGCUGAAACACAAAGAUGUUGAACUGGAAGACUUUCUCAAGUCGCUUCCGGUCCUGUACCAACUGCCCAUAUUAGUUUCCGUGGAUGCCAUCGAUGAGGCUAUCGCUCACACAAGGGAAAACCUUCUGACAUGCACAUGCAGGGAAGUUACCAAGGUUUUGAUCGACCAACUCUCUGACGCUUGUCAGGACUUCCUGAAGGACGUGAUGAUGUCUGUCAUGAGCACCCCUUUGAAGGCGAAAUGUGAGGAUUGUAAAGAACGAGCUCGCUCAUUACAGGCAUUUCAAGGAAUACAAGGGGUUGGGCUUUGUUAUGGAUCACUGUUACAAGAGUGA